CGGCCGUUCGGAGGGAGGCGCCAUCUUGGGCCCGUGCAGCCGGGCGGCGGCGGCGGCGGUAGCGGUAGUAGUAGUAGUAGUAGUAGUAGUAGUAGGUGGUGGGUUUCUGUGGUGAGCGUCGUGCUGAGGGCUUCGCCCCGCCGCCAGUCCCCGGGUUUCGGCGGGGCCGGCGGCCCGCCAUGGAGAGCGAGUACUACAGCGGGGACCAGUCAGAUGAUGGUGGAGCUACUCCAGUGCAAGAUGAAAGAGAUUCGGGAUCUGACGUUGAAGAUGAAGGAAACGAGCAGCAUUCUGGAUCUGAGAAUGGAAGUGUAGGGCACCAUUCAGAGAAUGAGCACAGUGAUGGAGAUGAUGAUGGGCAAAUGGGAGAGCCUCAUAUGACAGACUCUGAGAAUGAAGAUGUACCGAGGCAAAAAGACAGUGACUCAGAUAAUGAGGAGCCUCCAAAUCACAAUGCAAGCGAUUCAGACAACGAAGCAGCUCAUGGAGGGAAGGACAGUGACUCUGAUACAGAGGACCGUCCAAACCAACGCUUAAGUGACUCUGAAAAUGAAGAUGCCUUAAAUCAUCAAGCGAGUGACUCUGAAAAUGGAGAACCUCACAGGAAUCACAGUAGUGACUUUGAAAAUGAGGAGUUGCAGAAGCAGCCGGGCAGCGACUCGGAGAGCGAGGAGCUCCACAAGCAGCUGGCCAGCGACUCGGAGAGCGAAGGUGUUUCCAGGCACAAACGAGAAAUAGAGUCUGAUGAUAGUGAUGGGGAGGACAGGAAGGAGGAGGUGCAGAAUGAUUCUCACCAUUCAGAUAAUGAACAAGCGAGGGAAGGAUUUCAGGGUUCUGACAGUGAGGAAGAAGGUCCUCAGAGACGGAAAAUAUCGGACAGUGAUGAUGAUGACAAAGAGGAGGAGAAGACAGUGAAGAGGAAAAUGGCUAUCCUUUCUGACAGUGAGGAUGAGAAUGAGAAAGCACCUGCAAAAAAAGUACGAAUCCUUUCUGAUGUUGAAGAAUCAGAUAGUGACGUUGCUUCAGAGAAAUCUGACAAAAGAAAGAAAAAUAUGGUAUCAGAUAGUGAAGAAGAGGAAGAAAGAAAAGAGGAUACUGGGAAGAAAAAGGAAGAGAAAGAUCUGUUUGGCAGUGACAGUGAAUCUGGAAAUGAACAAGAGAACCUGAUUGCUGAUAUAUUUGGAGAAUCUGGUGAUGAAGAAGAGGAGGAAUUUACAGGCUUUAACCAGGAAGACUUGGAAGAAGAGAAGGGUGACACAGAGAUGAAGGAGACAGCAGAUGAGUCCGACUCUGAUGAUAACGUUAAAAGAGGGAAGCAUAUGGACUUCAUGUCAGAUUUUGACAUGAUGCUGCAGCGAAAGAAGAGUAUGAGUGGCAAACGUCGACGAAACCGUGAUGGUGGAACUUUCAUAAGUGAUGCAGAUGAUGUGGUCAGUGCUAUGAUUGUAAAGAUGAAUGAAGCUGCGGAGGAGGAUCGACAGCUGAAUACACAAAAGAAACCUGCACUGAAGAAAUUAACUUUGCUACCAACUGUAGUUAUGCAUCUUAAAAAGCAGGACCUCAAAGAAACAUUCAUUGAUAGUGGUGUAAUGUCUGCCAUCAAGGAGUGGCUCUCUCCUCUUCCAGACCGAAGUCUGCCAGCACUAAAGAUACGAGAGGAGCUUCUGAAGAUCCUGCAGGAGCUGCCAAGCGUCAGUCAAGAGACCCUGAAGCACAGUGGAAUUGGACGGGCCGUGAUGUACCUUUACAAGCACCCCAAAGAGUCAAGACCUAACAAGGAUAUGGCAGGGAAGCUGAUCAAUGAAUGGUCUCGACCCAUCUUUGGCCUUACCUCAAACUACAAAGGCAUGACAAGAGAAGAGAGAGAACAGAGAGAUUUGGAACAGAUGCCUCAGCGAAGGAGAUUAAGCAGUUCUGGUGGUCAGACUCCCCGCAGGGAUCUGGAGAAAGUGUUAACAGGAGAGGAAAAGGCUCUUAGACCUGGAGACCCAGGUUUCUGUGCCCGUGCGAGGGUGCCGAUGCCUUCCAACAAGGACUAUGUGGUCAGGCCAAAGUGGAAUGUGGAAAUUGAGUCCUCCAGGGUAAGCGCUGAGGUGUGGGGCGUUGCUUGGCCUCUCCUAGUGACUCUGUACCUAAGCUGUCUGGGAAUAAACCUGGGGAUUUGGCACCUUAUUGCUGUACUUACUGUACAGCAUAGUGAUUCUUUUUAUGUGCCUCUUCUAAUAGGAGUAGACAACAAGUUUCUUUCAAGUAAGCCUAUCAAAUUCUUUCCCCCGGGUAUCAUUGCUUCUCUUACCAGAAAUUUUCGUGUUAUUGCUCUAGAGCUUCUCUCUCAUGUGAGAAUUUAAUUACAGGCCUCUUAUUUUCAGAACAUGUUGAAAUAAAGCAGCAGUUCAAUAAGUAUGCCACUGAUAUUUUUUUAUCUCUCUCCCAUUUUCUGUGUCAUGUUCUUCUGACAGUAUUUCAGUUUGGAAAAACAAAGUUUUGGCAGACAUUAACAGCUUCAUUAGAGGCCUUUGCCUUGCUUAAUUUGGUUCUUCCAUCUACUUGGUAUGGUUUAAUUUACAGGUAGAGUACAUGGUAGAACCGAUGUAAAUGGAAGAGGUAAUAACUAUUGUAAUCUUUCUGCUGUUAUCUUUCCUUCUUUGCAUUAAUUGAGAUAUUGUUUCUAGCCCGGGACUAUUAAGAGAGGUAUUAGUCGCUUGGAAAAACACAAGAGACGGUUUGCUGAACAGAAACGACUCAGCAAAGUGCAUCGGGCCAUCAAGUUCAGCAUUGAAGGCAACAGGAUGCCCCUGUAGCCAUGACACUGCCUUCCCAAGUUUGAGAGGUAUCCCUCAAGGGAGGUGUGAACAGUGCAUGUGCUUCAGCUGUUGGCAGUUUGCACAUACAGGAAAGGAGUGUGUACACCCCAAUUAAACUUGGAAAACUC